AUGGACGCCUAUGGAACUGCUCAAGGGACUGCCUAUGGAACUGCUCAAGGGACUGCCUAUGGAAGCGCCCAAGGAGGCAUUUACGGAAACACUUAUGACCAAACUAAAUAUAGUGGACAGGACUACACAAGUCAAAGGUAUGGCUAUCAAGACCAGUUUGAUUCAGGAUACCGUAAAGGUGGUUUUAACUCUGGAUAUGAAAGUGGAGGAAAGUAUGGUCAUAUAAAUAUUGACCAGAGUUAUGGAAACUUGUACAAUACUGGGAAAUAUGAAAGCUUUGGUGAAUUUGGAUCAAAAGGGAAAUUUAAAGAUGAGUAUGACCCACAAGAGUUAGUGGAUAAAUAUAACUACAGAAAACUUAAACAUGAAGCUAAUAUCAAGAAAGACUAUUAUGAUGGUUUUUCAGGUACUUAUGACGGGUACCCCAUUGGUGAUCAUAAAGGUAGGUAUGAUGAGCCAUAUUUUGAUACUUUUGAAGAGUACCUUGGGAAGUAUGAUAAAGAUGUCUACCAUGGAAACCGAUAUAAAGGGUAUAAUGACUUUGGUUAUGAUGAAAAGCUCAACACCGAUUAUGAUUAUGGCAAGAAGCUUGAUUUUGGCUAUGGCGACCAGCUAGACACUGGGUAUGGUUUUGGUGACAAACUCGAUACCGGCUUUGGCUACAGUGACAAGCUAGGUUCUGGCUAUGCUGAUAAAUAUGGCUCUGGUACCGGUUAUGGCUACGGCAACAAGCUCGACACUGACUAUGGUGACACGCUCGGCACUGGCUAUGGUGACACGCUCGGCACUGGCUAUGGUGACAAGCUCGGCACUGGCUAUGGUGACAAGCUCGGCACUGGCUAUGGUGACAAGCUCGGCACUGGCUAUGGUGACAAGCUCGGCACUGGCUAUGGUGACAAGCUCGGUACUGGCUAUGGUGACAAGCUCGGUACUGGCUAUGGUGAUAAGUCUCGUGACAAGCUCGGUACUGACUAUGGCAGCAAGUUGGACACUAGCUAUGGUGACAAGCAAAGUUUGGGCUAUGGUUAUAACUCUGGCUAUGGUGACAAGGAAGACUCCAGCUACCAGUAUAGCAACAGGUACAGUGAUGCGUAUGGCAGUAAUCGUGAUUAUAGAUACGAGGAAAGUUAUGGUGGCUAUGAUUCUAAUUACAACAAAUUCAGCAAUUACAGAGAUGAGUCUUAUAAAUUUGGCUAUGAGAACAAGCAUGACAAUUUCGGCUUAAAGCAAGGUAGCUAUGGCUCUACUUAUGGAAAUAAGUAUGAUGGUUACGAGUCUAGUGCUUUGUAUGAGGACAGACACGAAGGCUAUGGAGAUAAUUACGCUCAAACAUCAAACAGUAAAUGGGGAAGCUAUGGAGAAAGCAGUGGGUACAGCCAAAGUUACUUGAAGUCGGACUACACCACGAAUAACAAGUUUGAUUAUGAAAAAGAACAUAAUGCAUGGCACAACAAGUACAAGGAAUUCGAAACAAAACCUCAUGAGGCUUGGCAUGUGAAGUACAGCACGGGUUCAAAUUCGUAUGGAAAUAGUAAUACUGGAGGAACUACUGAAAACCUGCGACAACUUGCAAGGCAAGCUGACCAGUCUGUCUCGGAUGAAAAUGAGCCUGCGGACUCGAGUGGAAUCUCUGACAGUUCUCCAGAACAGAGUAUAGUUGGAUAUUUAAAGAAAAGAACUCUCGGCUACACAAAUGGCAUGAUUAUGAAAUUGAGCUUGUCCUAUUACCUUCUGAUCUGGAGGUAUCUUGUCAAAAGGGUUUGUGGGUUAUUUAAUAAACCUCUAAGUUUAGUUCCCCCAGCCAACGCCGAAUGGUUCUGCAUUUAA